AACAGAGAGGAGGAGAGAUCUCCAGACUCGAGAGGAGGUUAUAAGACGAGGAGAAAAGCAAUGCUACAACAAGGAUAUAGCUGAGCGAGACGGAGGAGGAGGAGGAGUUGAUACUGACGAGGUGCUCAGAAGAGAAAGAAAAAAGAAAAGAAAAGAAAGAAAGACGUCUCUCGCAGACCUUGCAUUUCAGCCCGGCAUAGGCAAGCGUUCUCUCUAAGAUCGGUCCAAUGAACAUGUCAGUGUUGACUUUGCAAGAAUACGAAUUUGAAAAGCAAUUCAACGAGAAUGAAGCGAUUCAAUGGAUGCAAGAGAACUGGAAAAAAUCUUUCCUGUUUUCUGCUCUAUAUGCUGCCUUUAUAUUUGGUGGUCGACAUCUAAUGAAUAAAAGAGCAAAAUUUGAACUGAGGAAGCCACUAGUACUGUGGUCCCUGAGCCUUGCACUCUUCAGUAUAUUUGGUGCUGUUCGAACGGGUGCUUAUAUGGUGUACAUUUUGAUGACCAAAGGACUGAAGCAGUCAGUUUGUGAUCAGAGUUUUUACAAUGGACCUGUCAGCAAAUUCUGGGCUUAUGCAUUUGUGCUAAGCAAAGCACCAGAACUAGGAGAUACAAUAUUUAUUAUUCUUCGGAAACAGAAGCUCAUCUUCCUCCACUGGUACCAUCACAUUACUGUACUGCUUUAUUCUUGGUACUCCUACAAGGACAUGGUGGCUGGCGGUGGCUGGUUUAUGACCAUGAACUAUGGAGUGCAUGCCGUCAUGUACACUUACUAUGCCUUGCGGGCUGCCGGCUUCAGAGUGUCACGCAAAUUUGCCAUGUUUAUCACUUUGUCGCAGAUCACGCAGAUGUUCGUCGGCUGCAUAAUCAACUACCUGGUCUUCGCCUGGAUGCAACAAGGCCAGUGCCACUCACACGUUUCAAACGUAGUUUGGUGUUCUCUCAUGUACCUCAGCUACUUUGUGCUCUUCUGCCAUUUCUUCUUUGAGGCCUACAUUGGCAAAACCAGAAAAGCAAGGAAGGCCGAUUAAAGCUAGAAACAAGACAGAAGCCACUGCUCAGGUCAUCCACCAAACAACAAACACAAAGAAACAUAAAUGGCACAAGGAAAUAUUUAUCUAUGGUGCAACUAAAACUUAGCAGCUAAGGGACAGCUAGGUUUGUUCAAACCAGUAAGUUUAUGAUCCUGUCAUGGUGAGGACUCACUGAACGAUCUUGCAUCUCAAAACGCUGCUGCCAGGCAUCUGCCUUCUUGCACCUGUUUGCUCUUAAACACAAAUUUAAAAAAGAAGGAAAGAAAAGCAAAAGAGGAUAACCAUUUUGCAGAAUAAAAUAUUAUAAUGCAUUGUUUCCCUGAGCAUAAAUUACUUUUAUUUUAAAAAACAAACAAAACACAUAAAUACUUAAUUAUUUAUAUGUACUUUCUAACCUUUUCUUUUCAAUACAAAACUUGAACAAAAGGUAAGCAGAAGAGACAGCCAGUCAGUGUUAGCCGAGCAUUUGAAGCUGCCUUGUACUGUCAGAGCACUGAUCCAUUUAGCCCUAUAUUGUCUACUCUGACUGGCAGCAACUCUCCAAGGUCUUAGGCAAAUGCCUUGCAUCCUGAGAUGGCUUUUUCAACUGGAGAUUCCAGGGAUUAAACUGGAAACUUCCAUAUGCAAAGCAUCUGCUCUCCCACUGAGUGAUGACCCCUCCAAAUACUACCAGUAUUUUUUCCCUAAGUGACGAUCUUUCUCCUCAAAAGGGUUAAACCCUAAAACCCCAGGUGUGAAAUUUGAAGGUUAAUCAGGAGUGUCUGUUAGAGCCAGCCAUUCUAAUCUCCACUGAAGUAAUCUAAAUGGAGAAUAAUUGGUUUAUUUUGUUCUGUACUGUGUACUAUGCUGUGAGAAGAUCUGCCAUGUGAACUAAAGUUUUGCACUGAGAUCUUGAAUUAAGUAAGUAUUGUCAAGAUGUAUAUAUCAGAGAGAGUUUGUUCAAGUGCAUUUUCAGAUCAAAAGCAAGGCAUAAAAGAAAGCAGUUCAAUAUACAGUCAGUUAGUCUUAGCUAUGUUUGCUUGGGGCUAUUAAUAAAGGAGAUCAGAUGGGGUGUUACAAAAUAUACAUUGUUAUAGAGCAGGCCAGUUCUCAGAAAUGCUCUGCAGCUGCGGCAUUGUGCAGGUGUUAGAGUUUAAUGAUCACUGUUUUUCUCAAGGCCAGAAUAGUAUACUGCUUCAAUUGCACAGGAUGUCUUUAAGUAUUAUUGUAAUGGGUUCAUUGAGAUGGAAUAUAUCAUCCACUUCACUUUUCCAAAGUCUUUUCUAUGAGCUAGGUAGUUCUAGUUAAAAUCUCUUUGAGAAGCUGAAUGGUUUCUGAUAUGUUUUUUUUUUUUUUCUGCAUAUGUCCCCAUGAACUGUUCCAAGCACCACCUUGUGAAAGCAAAAUGCUACAAUUGGGCUGGUCUUUGGAACAAGAGCUGGUGUGCAGGAGUGUCAUGCUUGUGGUGGCAUCCCUUUUUCCUCCCUUCUAUGUCCAUGGACGGCUCCAGUUCAUGACCAACCAAUAAGUCUGUGUCCUGAAGAGCAGAAUCCUAUGCACGGCUGCCUGGGAGCUGUGGGAGCAGCAGGGUUUAUUUCUGUGUAAACCUGCAUAGGAUUGUGCCCUACGUGUACUUGUGAUUGAUUACUGUAUCCUAUCAUACAUCCCAAAUGGAGAUGGUUUGCAGUGAUACAUGCAAAAUGUCUGGUUCUGCCUCUAGUAAAUGACUCCAAGUAACCAUGAUUGAGGAGAUGAGGCAGACAGAAGGAAGGAACCAGUGGCUGCCCGAAGCACAGCACGGCCCUGAAGUGAUAGCAUUUAAGUGCAAUUGGAGUGAAAGGUGCAAAGACAAACCAAUUUUAAUAUCUUUAGAAAGGUUUUGUUAGUGUUGGAUAGGAGCUUCAGGAAAAGAAACAAAAACCUGUGUGGUAUGGGACAUAUUUUAUAUUUUUAUGAACUUUGAAGAAUAGAUAUUUGCAACCUUAAUAGCAUUCUGCAGGACUAUAUGUGACUUUAGGUAACACUGUGCUUCUGCAUUUGCUUUUCAAGCAAGGCAAAGAUGUUUAUAAGUGCCCUCCUCUGGUCACUGGAAGAUACUACAAUAAAAGGCAUGUUUGGCAUCAUCAUACUGGAAGUUUUAAAAGGGGGAAAGCCUGAAUGGAAUCAUUGUGCUGCAAUGAACUAACUCUAAUGUCCAGAGAGAACCAUCCUUACUUUCAAAACAUAAUGUGUAGGAAAAUAUAUUGUAGCAUCCUUAACUGUUAAAGAAGAAAACAGAAAAAAGACAUCUGGUUCUUUGAUCAGCUGCAGAUACACAUAUUGCAGAUACAAAAUACUUCACUCUGAAGCUCAGAGAAUUAGCUGAAAAGAGCCAUAUUUUCUACAAGGAAAAGUAGAGUGUAUUAUCUGUAAGAUUUCAGUCCUUACAAAGCCAAAUAAAAUGUAUAAGCAUUCCUAGUACUUCAAAGAAUAAGUAUGUAAACUUGAUGUUAUAACUGUGUUAACAUAGUAUUCUCAAUUGUAUCAGUUUGGUAGCUUAAACAAUUAGAAGAACUAGAGGAACCAAUUAAGAACUGCUAUUCUACUUAGAAAAUCAUACAUGUCUAUAACAUACACCCAUAGCACAGUAGGUGAGUUGUCCAAAAAAAAUUUAAGUUGGAAGGCAGAAUCACUUUUACUUUUCUGGCUACUGCAAAAUAUUGUCAAGUUUCUUGCUUUAAUCUGAAACUGUACAAUGCAAAGUAUUAUUUUUCUCUCCUUAUUUUAGCUUCAUCUGUGCUGUCUGCCAUUCAAGGCACAGAGCUGAUGUAAUAUCCUGUUAGACAUAACAAGGGCUUUUAGUGUUUCACUGUGUGCAGAAAAAAUGCUACAUUCUGUAUUACGUGAAUAGUGUUUUUAAGAAAAGAAAAAAGAAAAACUCUCUGAGGCUGAAACAUAACUGUGAAAAUAGGGGGGGGGGAGUUUAUAUCUGUGUCAUUUAAGUUAUUGAUGUUCUGACAUUGUUAUCCAGUACAAGAAGAACAGUAAAAUGUUAUAUUCAAUAGAACAUAUUACUUGAUCUUAAAUUAUAGGACUCCUGUAUCAAUGAAAAUAUCAAUUAAAAUGUAGACAAUGUUAUUUUACAGCUUUGAAAGUAAAUUAUAUUCCACAAUAAGCCUUUAUAAAAACAAAUAAGACUCCUGCUUAAAUAUUAUUGUUCCAAUCUGCAAUCUGAAGCAAACAAAAAUCAGUGUUUAUAGAAAUAGAAAAUUAUUGGAAAAUCGUAAGCAACUCCAAAUUUUGCAUUAAUUUCUGUGUCUGACAUUUCUCUUUACUUGUGUGUAGACUGACCUCCCAGAUCAUCUUUCUCUCUCCAAAAAUCAGUCUUGAAAUAAAUGAAAAGGCAUUUUACAAGGAAA